AUGCCCAGGAUUUCUGCCUGCAGCCAGUGGGCGCAUUGCUUAGACCUGCUACGAUCCGCUAGCGCUCGGCGCUGGGCGCUGGAUGUGAUCAGUUUCAACAGCACUCUCAGCGGCCUCGCCGUGGGCCGCUGUUGGGACCGCGCGGCGCUUCUGCUGGAGGAGAUGCGGCAAGGCCCCAUCGCUCCUAACGUCAUCUCCUACAAUACGACCAUCAGCUCCUUCGUGGACUGGGAAGGAGAUUUCUGGCCCUACGCCCUUGAAUGCCUGGAGCUGAUGUGCUCGGAUGAGCUGCAGCCGGACCUGGUCAGCUUCAACACCGCGCUCCGGGCGGCCGGAGCACGCGGUGCCUGGCAAGCGAGCUUGGCUCUGAUGGAGGAGCUGACGCGCAAGGCGCUGAAGGCGGACCAGGCCAGCUUCAAUGCCACCCUGGCAGCGCUACCCCCUUCGGCACAGUGGCGCUGGAGCCUGCAGCUGCUGCAGGAGGCGGAGGUCUCGCAGGUAAAGCCCGACAUCCUCAGCUUUGCAGCGGCCAUCAAAGCGGCGCAGGCCAAGGGCCCAGCUGUUGCCUCUGCCGUCCUCCUUCGGGAGGCGCUGCAGCGACGGCUGCGGUGA